AUGAUGGAGAGGAUAAGAAAAGAGAUGAUAUUGAUGGAGAGAGGUCUGCACAGUCCUGUCGCCGGGAAGAGGCUCUCAGACGCGCCUGGAAAUUCCGUGCUGGAGGCCCUGGAAAACUCUCAGCACGGCGGACGGCUAAGCCCGAGAAUAACUUCGGCUUCUCUCCAUGGAAACCUUGGGGACAUCCCGACCAAAAGCAAAUUUGAAAUUGACAGUCUUUUCGGUACGCACCACAACAGCGAGAACACUUCGUCGGCGGAGAUUUCCUCGUCGGAGAGCAGGAAGAAAAUGAGCAUUUACUCCGAAGUUUCGCAAGAAUCAGAUAUUAACAGUGAUGUGGAGGUGGGAUGCCCUGCGCAUCGCUCCCCGAGCCAGCACAAGGAAAACAACAAAGGUUUUUCAGACAGUUCUGGAUCUUCCAACUCGAGCUCCAACUCCCUCCCGAACAUGAACGGUAAUUCAUCGGGAGGAUCAAACAAUUCCAACUCCGACCAGGUCAGAAGGUAUCGGACUGCUUUCACCAGAGAACAAAUCGGUCGACUGGAAAAGGAGUUUUACAGGGAAAAUUACGUUUCGAGACCGAGACGGUGUGAGCUGGCCGCUGCGCUAAACCUGCCCGAAACUACAAUAAAGGUGUGGUUCCAGAACAGGCGGAUGAAGGAUAAAAGGCAGCGUUUGGCGAUGUCCUGGCCCCAUCCUGCAGACCCCAGCUUCUACACUUACAUGAUGACGCAUGCGGCAGCUACAGGGAGCCUACCUUACCCUUUCCACUCGCACAUGCCUCUGCAUUACUACCCGCACGUCGGUGUCACCGCAGCAGCAGCGGCCGCCGCCGCCACCGGUGCCGCCUCGUCACCUUUCGCCACCUCCAUCCGGCCCCUCGAUACCUUCCGAGCGCUCUCCCACCCCUACUCACGGCCGGAGCUCCUGUGCAGCUUCAGGCACCCGGGACUCUACCAGUCGCCCGCAGGCCUGAACAGCUCGGCGGCGGCGUCAGCGGCGGCGGCGGCUGCGGCCGCGGCGGCGGCGGUGAGCGCGCCGUCGGCCACCGGGCCUUGUUCGUGUCUGAGCUGCCACAGCAGCCAGGCGGCGAGCGCGCUGGGCUCCAGGAGCGCCAGCGCUGACUUUACCUGCACAGCUUCCGGGCAAAGAUCCGAGAGUGGAUUUUUGCCGUAUUCUGCCGCUGUUCUCAGCAAGACCUCAGUCCCGUCACCAGACCAACGAGAAGAAAGUUCACUUAACAGAUAA